AUCUGGGCUACAAAAGCAUGGCAGCUGCUGAGACGGCGCUGGUGUCGUCGUCGUCUUUGGAAACCGGCCCGGCCCCAGCCCCUGAAAGUACAGGAACAGGUGCUGCCACGGCCGCCACCUCGCCAGCGACGGCUGCAGCCAGGACGGGAUCCGAAGCCAUGGUCUCCAAGGCCGCUUUGGCCACUAAGCUGCUGUCCUUGAGCGGCGUGUUCGCCGUGCACAAGCCCAAAGGGCCCACUUCAGCCGAGCUGCUGAAUCGGCUGAAGGAGAAGCUGCUGGCAGAAGCUGGAAUGCCUUCUCCAGAAUGGACCAAGAGGAAGAAGCAGACUUUGAAAAUUGGGCACGGAGGGACUCUAGACAGUGCAGCCGGAGGCGUUCUAGUGGUUGGAAUUGGAAGGGGAACAAAAAUGUUGACCAGUAUGUUGUCAGGGUCCAAGAGGUACGUCGCCGUGGGAGAGCUGGGGAGGGCCACAGACACGCUGGAUUCCACCGGGAAAGUGACAGAAGAAAAGCCUUACGAUAAAAUAACACAAGAAGAUCUUGAAGGCAUUUUACAGAAAUUCACUGGGAACAUAAUGCAGGUACCUCCCCUCUAUUCUGCAUUAAAGAAAGAUGGACAGAGGCUUUCCACGCUGAUGAAGAGAGGGGAAGCAGUAGAGGCAAAACCCGCCAGGCCCGUCACUGUGUACAGCCUCUCCCUUCAGAAAUUCCAGCCGCCGUUUUUCACGUUGGAUGUUGAAUGUGGAGGAGGUUUCUAUAUCAGAAGCUUGGUCAGUGACAUUGGCAAAGCGCUCUCGUCCUGUGCCAACGUUCUAGAACUGACCCGCACCAAGCAGGGCCCGUUCACGCUGGAAGAGCACGCCCUUCCUGAAGACAAGUGGACCAUCGAUGACAUUGCACAGUCUCUGGAGCAUUGCUCGUGUCUUCUCCCAGCAGAGUUGGCACUUAAAAAACCAAAACCCGAGGAGUCUCAUGAACAGGUUUUGAGCUGUGAAUACAUAACUCUCGAUGAGGUGAAGAGAGAAGAUGAUGUAAUUAAGACAUGUUAACAUUGGCAUGGGUCCUCAUUCCUUGGUUGACAUUUGAAUCCUGUGUACACAAUGACAAGCUACGUGCAAAGAACAAACUAUUCCUAUUUUUUUUCUUUGGCAUGAAGAAAAUGUCCAUCAUUUACAGUUUCUAUGGUGCACAGUUUAUCUGCUACACAUUACAAGCAGCCUUGCAGUUGUUCGGUUCUUUGCUGUACUCUGAAAUGUUCUAGGAUAUUAUUAUGUUGUUGGAUUGAAUUCGGGAAAAUCAGCUUUCUGAUUUUAAUCUUGCUUCAAAGUCGUUUCCUGUGAAAAAGCUGAACACAUUUGCUAAUCAAAGAAAAAAGACGUAGGAGCUACAUGUUUCUUUGGUGGCAAAAGUUAAUGUAAAUUCCUGUUACUUUGACUUUAUUUUGGCUCUCUGGUGGCUCUAUUGUAUUGAAAUUCUUUAACUGUGUUUGAAAGGCCACUAUUUAACUCUUGUUUAUGUUUUGGAGAGUUUGCAAUUAAUAAGAACAUUUUUUGGGGGGGUUGCAUUUAUUUGGUAAUAGCUGUGUUUGCUUAGAUCUUGGACACUAAUGAACUUUUACAAUACAUAUUUGUAAUUAAACCUAAUUAUUGCUGCUCCCACUAAAGGGCUGUAAAUCAAGACUAAAGGUUUAAAUUCAUCUCUACUCUGCCAUUAGUUCCAAGGACAGCCCAGUGGCUUAUAUUUUGGCAGCUAUGAGAUCUUUUCCCGAUAUUUUCAACACAGCUGACCACCCUGUACAAGUU